AGGCGGAUGGUUGGAUGUCAUUUCAGGCCGCACGUUUUGUGCUAACCAAUCAAAGCGAGGGAGGUGAUACCUUAUCUCACUCGCUGUGAUCACAGUUGAGGCCGGUGUUAUCGUGCUUGUUGUUGGAGGGCUACAACAUUCUGUGUUCUGUAGGCAUAUUUCAUCUGUUUGCAUAGAUUUAAAAUACCGUCUUUCAUGGAAUCAUGUUUCAGACCGUUUAUUCAUGUGCAAAGUAAUCGGCUUCACUUCCACUUCUUAAUUGGUAAAUAAAUACAGCCAUGACCGUAUUUUUAAAUAAAAAUUUAUAAAAAUGAGGCUUAUAAAGUAAGGUGACCCAGUCAACAUUUUCGCGGGGCGAAACUCGAGGUCAUAUUUCAGAUUGCCAUGAAAACAAGGGGUAGAACUCAGAGCCAAACUCGGGAUUGUGCAACGUUUCCCCGAGUUUUUAACCCCUGUGCUUUACCCCGAUUCGUUCCGCGUUUCCCCGCGAAAUGCUGCGUGUUUUUCCGACUCCCCGAGAAAUGUCGCGUGUUUUGUCCCGCAUUUUGCCCCGUGAAGAUCUUGACUGGGUGAGUUAAUUGAGGCUGCAUAUUGUAGCGAAAAGAAUAUAUGAUUGCAAUUUUCACCUCGAAAUAUAUGCAUACAGAACACAAUACUUAUUUUCACACCAAAACGUGAUGUCACCUAGCGAUGGCUUUUAGUCUCAUCCCCGAUAAGCCCUUCAUUCUUCCUAGGUUGCAGACCUAUUUUCUAUCGGAUUCGCUCCCAUCUGUAGGUUUAAUCUUAUUUCAUAUCAUUAAAAGUCGGUUGAAAUACCAAAGCUCGGUCACGGUCAUCAGUGGUUAGACUUUAUGAAGCUAGUGUUCAGUUUAGAGGCACUUCGAAGAAUACUAUUUUGUAAAAUCGAAGGCAACUGUUAGGGUUGAACAAUUUUUUCCUCCAAACCAAUGUUUUCCUCUGUAACUGUCACUAGUCCCAAAGUGACUGCAAUGCUCACAAACCCGGUCAGCUGUUUCGCGGGGUGAUCAGAAUAACUUACUCGCUCCCAAGCCAGAAAUUUCAUCGCAUUUUUCCAAGUUCCAUCUCAUGUUUUGAUUUCGGCUGCGCGCUUUCCCGAUUUUCCUCCAUGUUUGCCGUUUUGCUUCAAGGUUUUUUGGUUUGUCCCCUCGUUCUCAUUCAUGUUGCCGUGCGUCUUUUCGACUCGCCUGUACUUUUUCAAUACCUUGCCCCACGAUUUCUCAGUUUACCUUACCCCUUUUUGUUACUUUGGAUCGCGUCUUUCCGAUUGGUAUCUCUUUCAUUUUUGUUACUUACCUUCUUCGUGGUACGUCCCGAGUUUUACAGUUUUAGCGCAUAAGUAUCAAUCAUACUUAUUAUGAAGAAUGUCUCAAAGCAGCCCGAGCUUUGCAAAACAAUCUUACGCCUGGUAUGCCUACGUCUUAGUAAAUGCUUACUGCUCUCACUCCUUGUCAGCAACAGCUUUCUGAGUGUCAUUAUUGACAGUCAGCAUUAAAAUUAAUCAUACGUUUCAUAUCUACGUAGGUGCAGCUAGUUGGUUGUAAUGAAAUUGCAUGCCAGUAAAAAUUAUGUUACGAAAUUACAAAAGCAACGUCUGUUUGAGACGACUCCUUGUCGUCACGCAGGUCAUCAAUUCGUCAAUCAAAUCUAAUAGGACAACCUCCCUUGACCGCGCUUCUUUGGUUCCCCCGUCUUGAAAGAAAGUACUGCUAAGAGGUUUUCUGAAACUUACUUUCGUAUGCAGGCAUCUCAUUUUCCCACCAUCUUUGUCUCUAGAGCUGUAGUGAUAUUCUCAAGUAGUAAUUUCGCUCCAGUUUUGCAGUUUUUAGAAUUUUCCAUGCCUCUUUUAUUGCUUGAAGUGGAAGAAAUUAGAAAUGGAGAACUAAAAUUACAUGGUUUAUCUGCAAAUCAAAAGCCUAACUAAAUCGCUAAACCCUCAUAUUUAGUUUUCAACACCCCCCUUUUUUGGCACUGAUGCUGAAUAAAGGUUGUACUCUCUAUCCUUUAGCUGUUUCGUGAAUUAAUUCUUGAAAGGAGAACCUUCACAGCUGAAUCCUGGCUUUUCAAAUCAGAUUGUCUGGCCCAAGCGGUUAGUCACAAUUUUUUGAACUCUGCUAACUUUCGAUGGAUAUAAUAGUACUAUCUUCGUAUUCGUUAUUGCAGUCCCCACUAUUCUCCACCGGAAUCUGUAUCCUAACAAAAGGAACGACUAGUAUUUUUAAAUCGCAAGUCCGUCAAAACUCGGUAAUUAGCCAACUCGCUUCUGACUCAUCAUCAUCGCCAAAAUCAACACAGGACCAGGCAUUACUGCGUCACGGUCCGAGUUGCCACACCUCACGUCAGUUCAUCAAGUAAAAAAGUAGUGAAGUGGAAGAUGAAGAAAAGAAAAUUCAGUCAAAAGAAAUGGAAAGUACGGAAAGAGAGGAAAGAAGAAUGACAAAAUGCUUCAGUAUCCAAGUGUCGGAUUGAAAAGUUACGAACGUCUCCACCAUUUGAGUUAAAAUGCAACAUGUCCGACAGCUAUCACAAUGGCAAUUUUACCCUGAUGUAGCAGUUAAUGUUCCUGUGAAUUUUUCCUUCACGAGAGCUUUUCUAGGAGAUCAAUUUAAAGGUUCACGAACGCGCAGUGAAGUGACAAAAAAUAACCCAAGUUUUACUAACACCACUAGUUCUAAUCGUUUUCCUGAAUUCACAGAAGAUCAAAAACGAAAGCAAAAAGAGAAAUGUAAUCCUACUGAGAACGUCUCAGCACCUGUUUGCAAACAUAUUAUUUUUUCCGAUUCAGAAGAUAGUAAAUAUGAACUGAAACCUAUAAAUGCCCCAAAAGCAGCCCUUCAGGAAGUCAGACAAAAUGGUAUAAUCCCGUCAACGAGCGGAAAAUCUGCACAAUCAAGAAAAUAUUUGACGUCUGUUGCUUACACUUUGAAAAGUUUACUUAAUUCUGAUACGACCACUUCAGAAAGUGAAUCCUCAUCAACCGAUUCAACCCAUGGAUAUAAGACUCAAAAUCCCCACUUCCCAAAAUUCACAUCGCUGCUAGAGACAAGAAAUCCUGAUAGAAUCGAUUCUCCUUUCGACACUUAUACGAAUAACAAUGUAGCAGUCAGUAGUGAUGUUGAUGACUUAGACGAAAUGCUUGAUGAAAUGCAACGAUUGGGUUUUCCGACCAGUUUUGGUUGCCCUCAUAAACAAAAAGAAGUGGAUCUGAACCAUAUGAAGGAAAUUUCAUCGGACUAUGAUGAUGAGGAAAUGGAUCAAUGGCUACUGUUAUUUGCUAGCAAAAUUGGAAAUAAUCUCACCCUGAGGAAAAAAGAGGAUACUACAUACUACAGUUUUUCCGAUACCGACAUGGAACGUGUUGUGAGAUACUCUAAAUCGUUUCUUAGUUCAUCUGAAAAGUUAAGGGGCUUGGUAGAUCCAUAUGUUUGUGCAGCCUCAGUAUUUUCAAGAAUGUGUUAUAUAUUCGAGAUGGUUUGUGUAUUUACUAGUAGUGAUAACAAUGCUACUAACAGUUAUCGCACACUUGGUGAAUGGAAACUUAGUCUACCUCGUUGUUGGGAUUCGCCAACGUUCAACCUAGAGGCACUUCUAUACAAUUGCCGUUCAUUUUGGCGUUUUAAACCACCAGCACCUAAAAAAACAGCCAACUGCAAUCAGAUGAUCUAUACUGACUUUGAUCCUUUAGUGGAAAAAUAUUGGGCACAAAGAUUUCGUUUAUUCUCCUGUUUUGAUUCUGGCAUUCAAGUUGACCGUGAUUCAUUAUUCAGUGCCACUCCCGAAGUGAUUGCUGCUCACCAGGCCAAACGUAUGUUUCGUACUUUUGAGCCUUUUACUCGUCUGAAAGGCACUUGCACUGUUUUGGAUAUAUUCUGUGGUACUGGAUCGAACGCUAUACAAUUGGCUCUACGUGGUUUCCGAGUGGUUGCAAUCGAAUCUGAUCCUGUUCGUAUCUCAAUGGCCUCACACAAUGCAGAAAUAUAUGGCGUUCGCCAUCUCAUUGAAUUUGUCUGUGAAGAUUAUUUCACCUGGGCAUGGAAAAAGAUUCACCUAAGGAGUUCUCAGCGUGAUUGUUUAUAUUCAGUAGAAUAUAUGGCUGCUUUCAUGUCACCACCGUGGGGUGGACCUAGUUAUUUAGAAAAUGAAAGUUACGAUGUAUCUAGCAUCAAAUUUAAAAAUUCCAAUGCAGACUUAUGGUGUGCUUUAUAUUUAGCCCUAGUGUUGACCAAUGGAAAUGUUGCCCUAUUCUUACCUCGCAAUACAAACAUGGCAAAUUUUAUAGAGAUUUCAAUAAAGUGUAUAAAAACGAUUAAAACAGAUUUAUUACAUAUUGAAUUUGAACUAGAUUUGAUCAAUUUCAAAAGCAAAGCAUUGACUGUCUAUUUUGGUGUCUUGGCAACUGGCACUAAACGAACAGUUGAUACUAUUAAAUCAGAUCAUUCAGAUGAGUCAAACCGUUCCGAUUAAAUUGUGAUGUUUGCACUUUAUUUUUGUAAAUAACUUUUUGUAAUUCAAGAGAUUUUUCUUCCUCA